CGUGAGUGGCAAACAUGGACCUGUCAUUUAGACCGGAAGCGAGGAUGAAAACAGGUCUGGGUGCUGGUGAGGGCUGGGUGUUCUGACACACAGGCAGUGACGAUGUGGGAGGGACGCCCCUGGGAGGGCUUGGCUUCCCCUCCCUGCAGUCCGGCCCAUUUACCCUGCCUGUGCUUUCACAUUCUCCACCAGAGGCUGGAGCUGGGGGCACGUGGAUGUUCGGGGAGCUCCUCGGUGGGUGCCCCUGCCCUCAUUUCCAUCCAGGGGCAGCUUCACUGGGAACCACUCCUGGAUGUGGAAGCUGCAAGGAUGGAUCAGCCUCUCCAUUUGCUGCAGGUCCCAUUAGACUGCAGAGUGAACAUGGUGCUACAUUCUACCUGUCCUUUCCCACCCAGGUAAUCCCAGAAGAUCUUUCUUUGCCAAACCCAGGGGCUGAUGCAUCCCUUUCCCUGCUCCGGUGCUGGACUCCUGCAUUCCAGGAUCCUUUCCCCACUGAUGGGAAUGAGGGCUUCUCCUCCCUGUUAUCUCUUGGCCUUGCUUGCUGCAGGUGUGUAUCUCCAGUGGAGAGAGCCAGUAAUAGGAGAGGUGUCCCACUGGCAAUUGGUGGCUGAGCAGCGUGCUGCCCAUUAUGGCUGGUUGGUUUAGGCGGCUCCUGCACAAGCCUAAGCCCAGCUCAGUGGAAAGCCUCAAGUCCAGCCACUCUGCUUCAUCCUCGCCUUCCUCCUCCUCUUCAUCCUCUGCCAAGAGCUCCAGCUCUUCUGGCACGAGCUUGGCCACCAGCUCCAUCUCCCUAUCAUCUGUGUCAGCAGUGGACAUCAGCGCCUCGGACAGCCCCCGGUGGGACAAGAGAUACGACGUGUGCAUCUGCCACAGCGAGGGGGACGUGGAGCUGGUGGAGGAGCUGGUGUCCUACCUGGAGGGCCAACCUGAGAGCUUCCGGUGCUUCCUGCAGCUGCGGGAUGCGGUGGCGGGAAGCGCUGUGGUGACAGAGCUGUGUGACGCCGUGCAGAACAGCCACUGCUGGGUCAUGCUCAUAACCCCCGGCUUCCUGCAGGACCCCUGGUGCAGGUACCAGAUGCACCAGGCCUUGGCUGAGGCUCCCAUGGCCAAUGGACGCACCAUCCCAGUGCUGAAGGAUGUGGAUCGCAAGGAUUAUCCCAGGGAGCUGUGGAACCUCUACUACAUCUACAUGGCACUGAAGGAGAAAAGCUUCAAGCAGAUCAGAGACACUGUUGUGCGCUACCUCCAGGAACUGUGCCGGAGCUCCACAAAAAGGACAGAGUAGUGCUGGGAGCAUGCAGAUGCAUCCCCAUGGGCAUCAUGGAGCUGUUGCUGUUGGAUGUCCCAUUGGACCUUGAGGUCAAACCUGAGCUGCUCAGACUUCACCUGGGAGCCAAGGAUGGGGAGUUCUCCACAUCCGUGAGAGACAGCAGACCGGAGCCCACCACGUCCCGGUGGCCAAAAUCUCCUCAGUGAGGACAGGGAUAUCCAUCACACAAACACUAAGCUCUGACAUCGGGUGGUUUUCAGGGUCACGAGAGCUCUUUACUGCACUGCCAUUUUCUGUCCUGAGGGCUCCGGGCUCCCUCCUGUUGUUCCAGUCAACUUGAAAGCAGAUGGGGGGCACCGGGGUUGUGUUUUGCUGGGCAAGGACUCAGGUGGGAGAUGGAGGGACGCAUUCUACUAAGCUGACAAGGCCCCUGCUGGGCUGCGGGCAGGACAAGAUGAGGCAGGCAGUGACUUUGCACGGAAUCAUUGCGACUACAAAAAUGCAGAAGUU